CCUUCCCUCAUCUUAUUCCUCCCCCUCUGGGUUUCUCUAAUGUCGCCCGCCUGCUCCCUCACAUGCACGUCGGAAAAGCUGCCGGACAGCAAGAAGACGUUUGUCAACUGUACCGAUCUCCCCACUCUCAACGCCACCCUUCACUAUACCUACUACGCCUUCAACACCACCCUCUCCGUCGCGUUCGUGGCAGCUCCGCCCUCCCCGGAGGGUUGGACUGCGUGGGCCAUCAACCCAAUUGCGACGGGCAUGGAGGGGGCCCAGGCACUGCUUGCGCACAAAUCUAACGGUUCUCUGCUCGUCAAGAAAUAUAACAUCAGCUCCUACUUCUCGAUCGAGGAGACAGACAAGCUGGCGUUUGAUGUCUGGGACCUAAAAGUGGAGUCCGGAGCAAGCGGGAAGUACGUGAUUUACGCGUCUUUGCAAGUUCCAUGGAGUGUGGAGGAGCUGAACCAUGUGUGGCAGGUGGGCGCCAGUGCCACUAACGGGCGGCCGGAGAGGCAUGAAUUAGCUGCAGAAAAUUUGGCUUCAAAAGAGACGUUGCAGUUGGUGGGGCAAGAGACCGUUACUUGGCCUACAAGUCCACCGCCGGCACCGACUGACGGCACCAAUAGUGGGUCGAGGAGGGAUGUUUUUAUUUGUUCCUUGGUGGGUUUGCUUUGGUUUUCACUUCAAUUGUGCUCUGAAUUUGCGGAGAUGAUUUAAUUUUAUGCAUAAUGAAUUUAGUUAGUUAUGUAGUAAUUGUAGGAGAUUUGAUGUUCUUCUUCUUUCCCUUUGGUUUUCUAAAUAAUUUCAGAUGGAAAAACGGAAAAUAUAUAAACAACCUUUAAGAAAACUAAUUUUUACAA